GGACAGGAUUGAGGAGGAAUUGAGUUCUUCAACGUAUAGGAGGAAAAGGGAUGUGAAAUGUGAAAAGUCAGCAGCAGAGGGAGAGGGAGUAUCAGGAAUCAACGAUCGGAAAUCGGAAAUCGGUGAUCGGAACUGAUGAAAUGGGAUCAGCUCUAAUCUAUGAGAUAUUCUCAUCUGCGUCACUCAUUACACUUGGACUAUACCACCUGGUAUGCGCCAUCAAGACCCAUCUCCACCACCCCGCUCGGGAUUACUCCGCCAAGCUCUACCACCCUUUUUCUUCUUCUCCUUCUUCGUCUCACCGUCUCCGGCACCUUCAGCUUUACGUCAUCAUUCUCUUCCUUCUCAUUGCCUUUGUCCACCAAACCCUAGUCUCUUCCGACGCUGACCCUCUCCUCAAGGGCCGUACCCCCGUCCACCGCUUCUCCACUCUCCAAUCUGCCGCCGUCCUCUUCCUCUUUCUUAUCCUCGCCCUUGCGAUUCUCCUUUCCGAAACCACCUCUCUCCUCCCCCUCCCCUCCGAUCUCUUCUUCGCUCUCGCCUCCGCUCUAUUCUACUUGCAGUUCAACGUCUCCUCCUCGGCCGCCUCCGUUCAGACUUCCGAUCUCCAGGCCAAAUGCGACUCCGUCUCGGCUCGCGUUUCUGCUCUUUCGUCCCUCCUCUGCAUCAUCCUCGCUUGUCUCCCCAGGCUGUUUGUGGCUGACCUGGCCCUGGGGGCCUCCGUGAUUUUGCAGGGCCUCUGGGCAUUGCAGACCGGACUCGCGCUCUACGUGGAGGCCUUUAUUCCGGAGGGUUGCCAUAAGCUGCUGGAUGUGGUGAGUGGGGUGGAGGGAUCCACCAAGUGUGACUUAGAGGAAUCCAGGUUGAGAGCCGUGGCCAUUCUGGAUCUGGUCUUUGUGGUUUAUGUCAUGUUUGUGGUGUUCAUUUUGAUGGCCACUUAUGCUGUUCUUGCUAAGACUGUUGGCAUCAGAAGGACGGGCUCCUACGAGGCGUUGCCAACUCUAUCCUCUGCGGAUUCGAACCAUAUUCAGAUGAAGACCUUGGCUGGCACACAGGCUUGAUUCUUUUUAUGUUUUUUUUUUUCCUUAUAUCGAAUCUGCAGAAUGUGUUGCUUUACCUUUUCAUUUGAAACAGUGUAAUCCCAAGAAACUGAAGACGUUUAGUGUAUACAAGGUCUCAUUUUUUGUUUCAACUC